AACACACCCCCCCCCCCCCACCCCAAAAUGUCUCUCUCCUUCAACAACUUGAAAAGACCAUUGGAACAGUUAAAGAGUUGACCAGUUGAUAUAUCAUAGUGAGAUUACAUUGAUCCAAAGAGGGAUUUAAUUAUACUCAAGAAAUGAUGACUAUAUUCCCAAGAAACUCAAACACCAAAGAGGGCUACCACCAAACUAUCCUUUGAGUAAUCUUCAAGCCUUUCUUUGAAACCUCUAUUUUUUCUACUUUGCCUUUUCUUUUUUUCUCUCUUUAUUCUCUCAUUGAAACACAACCCAUAAAGAGAAAGAACAAAAAAGGUGUUAUGGAAAAUCACCAAUUCAUAUAUCCAAUUCUUAUCUCCUUUAUUACUGCUCUUGGCCUUGUCUCCAUUUCUCUUUGCAUAGCUGCUGAAUUCAAGAAAACAAAGAAGAAAGAUCUCAGGUUUGAUGGGGAAUUGUGUUACUUGCCUGGAAGUGUGGAUUUUGAAUUGGGAAUUGGAGCUAUAAUUUGUUUAGUAAUGGCUCAAGUAAUUGGCAACUUGUUGAUAUGUAAAAUUUUCUUUUCAAGGGACCAUCAAAACAGUUCAUCAAAGGCUAAAAAGAAGCCUACCAUUAAUGGCUUCAUGUGUGUUCUUUCAUGGAUGAGCUUUGUGAUGGCAAUAAUUUUGAUAGGGACUGGCAGUAGCAUGAACAAAAGCCAACCACUUGGUGAAGGGUGGAUUGAUGGUGAAUGUUACAUAGUUAAAGAUGGUGUCUAUAUUAUUUCAGCUAUUUUGGUCUUUGUAACUUUGAGCUCAACACUUGGUUCCCUCAUCUUGAAAAUAAAGAAGAAGAACCAAGUCGAAACAAGAUGGCAAGAUACUUCUACAAGUUGAAUAUAUAGAAAGAUAUAUACAAGAUGAGAAAUGAAAUACAAAAUGCAUAGA